UGGGUGCAUACUCACAACUCGCAAUCGGAUUCCAUCGAAGCCGCAAGACAGCUUGGAAUUCAGCAAUACAGAAGCAGAGAAGGAGAAUGCGUUGAGCCCGAGCUUGCGAGUUUGAAUUUUGGCGCGCUUGGAAAAUUGCGCAGAGAGAAAGAGAGAGACAGAGACAAAGCGCGCGAGAGAGAAAGAGAGAGAGAGAGUGAGAGCGAACGAAUAGCGAUUCGCACCAAAGGAUCGAUGCGGCUGAUGUGCGAGGAGGACAUAGCGGUUGCAGCGCCACCACCACCGCAGCAGCACGAACUGGUCGUCGAGUUAGUCGGUGUCGUCGAGGACGGCAGGACCAAGUCGUUUCAACUUCCCGGUGAUCACGAUGACACUUUGAGCCGCGACGAGAUGCCCGACAUGGAGCUUUGUACCGAUAAGGUCUUGUCUAAAGGCAGAAUUCUUCAAGAGCUCACCAAGGCUGUCAAAUUGGUUUACAUCCAGAGUUUGCAUGGUACAGUUGUACUCGAUGGUGAUUCAUGGCUUGUGUAUUGGCUUGACAGAGCACUACGUCACGGAUUACGUAUUGAACGUCAUGGGUAUUGGGGUACUGCUAGAGAACUCAGUCACCAAGAUACUGUAGUUGUCAUUCAUGCUUUACAGAAUGUGCUAACAUCGAUUGGAAAAGGUCGAGCUUGGCUAUAUCAUACUCUCAGCGAGGGUAGCUUUGAAAGUUACUUAGCAUGCAUGCUAAGGGAUACAAAAACCUUGAAAAAACAGUACUUUCCUCAUGCUCUUGUACGAGACGUCGAUAAUACUAAUCAACUAAUCAAUCUUUUGGCUGGACUUGAAAACGUCUCCUUCACGCUACAAUUGGAUGUCACAUACCUGGACAUCGUCAACUACAUGCCUCAAAGGCCCAUGAGCGGCUCGCCGUCUGGCACGGCUUUAAGCUUGCACUUGCGCUCGACAAGCGUGUGCUCGAGCCUCGCCUCGCCCGGCGACAGCGGAAUUGCUUUUGACAGUGACAUGGACGCAGCCAAUGAGACUGACACUAGCAGUUACAAGGAAUGGAAGAGAUAUCAGGAGGACUGGUCAUCGCGAAAAAACAUGAAAUACCGCAACAACAGAUACAAGUUGGUGAACAACUCGAAUGAGAACAAAAACUUCGAGUUCACGUCGAGCGACUCCGGCAAUGAGAAUAAAACACCUAAACAAUCGCCUGUUGCAGCCACGAAAUUUCACAACACUGCAGUUACGAACAGCGAUAUUAUUAAUCAAAAUCUUACGAGUUGCAAGCUCGACGACAACGAGCUCAACUGCUCAAGCUUAGAUACGAUAAAGGAUUACAAAUAUUACAGCAAGAGCGUGGAUCCGUCGAUAGAAGAGGCAAACACGGACUCGGAGAACAAUGGUAUCCUCAUAACAGCAUACAACAAGCGUCCGAAUUAUUACGGCAGUGACGCGAGUUACAGUUUCAAAAAGAUGUUGGAUCCCCGCAAUACCUACGUCAUCAAUAACGAUACGAAUCUGCUGGAGCUGAGUAUGACCAUCUCCGACUGCGAUAAUACCGAGGCGCCCUACAGUAUACUAAAUACCGUCAACAUGACUGACACCAGUAUACUCUCGUCCUCUAGCUCGGACGCACUCGUUCAGCGGAGACGUAAGAAGAAGCGCAGCGAGACCAAGAAGAGGGUUAGCUUUCACGAGGAUAUCUUUAAAAUGAUGAAACUCGAUGAUGACGAGAAUUACGUGGAUUAUACAAUGACUUAUGAUCCACCUGAUUCAUUGCCUAAAAAAGAUACACAGAAAGGAAGGUACAGUUGGUGCGCUCACGGCGAUUCGCCGUACGCACAGCAGAAGACACCGAGCACGAGGAAUGCUUACUCAGACUACUACUCAUCUACGUCGUCAUUGAGUUUCUUCGAUAGCGAUGCCAGUGGCGAGCGUAAAUCUGCCUCCAACAGCAGUAGCGGCUGCCCCGAAGUUGCCGAGUGCGCCUGUUCAUUGGCCGAACGUGGUACACCAGAGGGUCAAGAAGAUCCUGGCAGGACUUUUAGACCAAAAUUGGAAAUUGAAUUGGAGGAUAAUGAGGCGCAAGAGGCCUACAUCAUCGAGAAAGCAUAUGGAAAUGUUGUAGAAGACCCUCCGGUUAAACUAGAAUCACCUACCUCACCUAAUGUUGAACCCGAGGGUAAAUACAUAAGCUCAAGCGAUUGGUCUGAUAUCGAUAGCGUAACAACGGCCUCGGAUAUGACUGAAGACCGGCGCAACAGUAACACCGGUAGUAAAAGUCGACAUUUGGUGUCUCCUGUGAAGAAGCGCAAUAUAACAUCGAUAGUAUCUGUAGACAAUAAUCGACUGACUGUACCACCUCUGCGUCAAGCUCCCUCAAAAACCUCGUUACUCAGUAGGUUUUUGCGAUCAAUCACAGAAAGAAAAUUCGACACGAAGAAGGAUAAGAAGAGCGCUACACAGUCAAAUCCUCUCUUGAUGAAAGGAGCGAAAAUUGACCAGAAUGCCGUAAAAGAGUUUAACGAUGCACUUGAGAAAGAAGUUCAGGAGAACGUGGCCGCCUCAGAAAAGGACUGCAGUGGCGAAAAAAUUAGUUUAAAAUUGCGCGAAACCUUCAGAAAAAACAUCUACAGAGAUAAGACUGAAGAGUUGUACAAAGUUUAUAAAGUCAGAAGUUCAUAUAUGACCAAUGGGGAGAGUAAGCCAAUGCUUGCAUUAUUAACCAAUAAGACAUUGUAUUUGACUGGGCAGAAAGGCGAUCAUACUUACAGCAAUCAGUUCGUUAUUCCAUUUAACGAACUUGAUGUCAUUAUGGUAGGACCUAACGCGCAAACUAUUUUAAUAUCCAAUGCCGAUUACGAGAUGCAGUACUUAUUCUCAACUGGCAGCAGUCAAACCACAUCAGAACUCAUAACUCACUUGGAAAUGGCUAUGAGAAGAUCUCCAACGAAGCCUAGGUUGCCGGCAGUCAAAGAGCUCAAUUGCGACGACAUGCGUACUCUCAAGCACUCUAUUCUUGCCGAAACAGCCGUUCAUCCGGAUGAAAAAAUCGAACACUACAGUCUUAUUUACAUGGAGGACGACCACAUCUCCCCCCCAGCGACUCCUUGUGGUCCAACGAAGGAGGGGGACCUCAUGUUUCGAUCUCAUAUCUAUAACACGCAUCAUCCAAACGCACCUACAAAUCCAUGGGAGGCCGGCUACUUUGUUUUGAAAGGCGGAGUUGUUUACAUGUUUACCGAUAGCAACCAAAGAUUACCUAAACGUGCCAUUCCAUUGAAAGGUGGCCUGUGCCAAGGUUGUCGGCGAAUUCCUAACUCACAUCGCCCACAUACUUUUGAAAUACUUCUGAAGCCUAAUAAAGCAUUCCAGUUUGCUGCCCCCGACGAAUAUGUCGCAUCCGAGUGGCUGCAAAGCUUCAUUCAAAGUGCUUCUGGCCUUUACGAUUGCUCCGAAAAAAAAGAUCCACUUCCUUGCAGUCUGGUCGUAACCUCUAAACAUCUAGUGGCUACGAAGGAAGUAUUUCCUGGAACUCAACGGGGUCAAAUACUCUCAUGUGCUAGUAUUGAGGAUCUUUCUGCUAUUCGAAUACCUCUUGCUCAACAAUCUUGGUGCAUAUUGGAGUUCGCGUGUCGGGAAGUACACGAAUCCAGUGGCGAUUGGGUCGUAUACUUUACAAACCAUAGAGAGCUUUGCGAAUUUCAAGAAAUUUUAGAAAAACUGUGGGCAAAUAAUAAUGAGGAAAAUUUCCCAAUUUCAACACUACCUCCAGAGGAUAAGCUGCAUCGCCGUUGCUCAGAUGCGUGUAAAAAUCUUGAGCAAGCUUGGCAGUACUUGUUACCAUUAGUUUCAGAGUAGUAUUGCAGGAUACUUGAUAG